CAACGCUUCGACACCGGUCGCAUCUCCUUCUACUCCCUUUAGACCGUCGUACAUAUUCCUUCGCACGUCGUAUACUUCUUGUCUCGCCUAGUAGAAACCACCAUGUCUGUAAUACUCUGUACUGCUGGCUAUGACCACACGAUCCGCUUCUGGGAAGCCCUCUCAGGCAUUUGUUCCCGCACCAUUCCCCACCCCGACUCUCAAGUCAACCGGCUUUGCAUUUCUCCCGACAAACGCUACCUCGCCGCCGCAGGCCAUCAUACUGUAAAGCUUUACGAUAUCAAAUCUACUAACCCGAACGCCGUCCUUACCUUUGAUGGACAUACGAGUAACAUCACAGGUGUCGCUUUCCAUUGCGAGGGUAAAUGGAUGGUGACAUCAUCUGAAGAUGGCACGGUCAAGAUAUGGGACACGCGCUCCGGCAGUGUUCAGCGGAACUAUACUCAUGCAGUCCCCGUUAAUGAUGUGGUUAUUCAUCCCAACCAGGGCGAGCUAAUUAGUUGUGAUCGAGGAGGAAACGUCCGCAUCUGGGAUCUUGGCGAGAACAAAUGCUCACACCAACUAAUUCCUGAGGACGACGUCUCGGUAGCUAGCGUUACUGUGGCUAGUGAUGGUACCAUGCUCUGUGCUGGAAAUAACGCGGGCAAUGUCUAUGUCUGGCGUAUGAUCCAGCGUUCCGAAGUCACCUCACUUGUCCCUGUCUGCAAAUUCGUCGCCCACCAGACCUACAUCACCCGGGUCCUGCUCUCCCCAGACGUCCGCCAUCUAGCUACGUGCUCGGCUGACCACACUGCGCGCAUAUGGUCCGUUGACACUUCGCAACCGCAUAACGCCACACCUGCCGAUCAGCUUCCCCUCGACCGCGACCCGAAUGCUUUUCCUCUUGAAACUACACUGCAUGGACAUCAGAGAUGGGUUUGGGAUUGUGCCUUUAGCGCCGACUCGGCAUAUCUGGUUACUGCCUGCUCGGACCAUUAUGCCAGGCUGUGGGAGCUCAAUAGCCAGUCCAUCAUUCGCCAGUAUAAUGGACAUCACCGGGGUGCCGUCUGUGUUGCGCUGAAUGAUACUGCUGUUGGUAGUUGAGAAAUUGCCUGUUUUCCUCUUGUUCUGUAUCGUUAUUCAACGCAUUAGCGACGGCGAAUGGGCCUUAUUUUCGGUGCAUUAUAAUGGUAAUGGUAAUGGAGUUUUUGGGUCCUCAGGGUCAUGGCAAAAGGAGGAAAGAGCAUGGGCUCCUUGGGCUGGAGGGUUUUUUG